ACAAAUUUUCUUACUUCUUCAAACAUAUAUUUUUUUGUCUUGCCAUUAUACCUGCCCCUCUCAUUUUUUCUUGUGAGAGAGCCAAAAAGUUAUUUCUAAUUACAUAUUCAGAGUCUGUCCUCUCUUUAUUAAUUAUGAUAUUCACUUCAUUAGUGUAGUUGGGAUUGGUGAGAGGCAGUUGUGGAAGAAUAUAUAUAUGUGGAGAGAUAGACCACUUUCAAACAAAAAAAGCCAAGAAUUUUUCUGAUCAUUUCUUCGAGUGUUAUUUGUGUAUAGUGAUGGGGAAGCUGAAGAAAAUGGGAAAGGUUUUUGAUUGUUUCAGUUAUUCAUCCAAUUCUUGUAGUUCCAACUCUUGCUUUUGCAUAAACUCCAUGGAAAUUGAAGAUGAAGAAGAUGAGUUUUUUGAUAAACAGCCACUCAUUGCCAACAACAACAGAAAAGACAACCAAUUGCCCACAUUGAAGGAUGUUGUCAAUGGAAAUCAGACCUUAGCCUUUCAACUCAAGCCCAAGAUGGUGACACUGAGAGUGUCCAUGCACUGUAAAGGCUGUGCAAGAAAAGUGGAGAAACACAUUUCAAAGAUGGAAGGAGUGAGCUCAUACACAAUAGACUUGGAGACUAAGAUGGUGAUUAUUAUUGGAGAUAUUCUGCCCUUUGAAGUGGUGGAGAGCGUUUCUAAAGUAAAAAACGCACAGCUUUGGCAAUCCUCUAUAGCUUCAUGAUAACUAUUAUUGAAAUAUCAACAAUAUAUAUAUUUAUUAAUUAGAAAUAUGUACAUCUUUUUUCUCUACAAGUAAAACAGAUUGAUCGGAAUUUUGCAGAGAAUAUUUUCAUAUUCUUUGUAAUUUUGUGUUUUUAAUUUCGAUAUUUUCUAUAUAUUGUUUAUUAUUAUACUAUAGAUUGACCAUAUGUGAUGCCACUUAAUUUAUAUAUUGUUGAGUA